AUGAUUUUAUUCUUGGCACUGAGUGUAUCGCUCAGCUGUGGAAUGAUUGACGCCAGCACCGAGAAUUUGGCAGGCACACUCCAAAACAGUGACACGACAAAAAGUAGCCGUGUCCCAAAAGAGGCUCAUCUUCACGCAAAAACAUCCCCAACGAAGAGUCGCCGACAAUCGCACCGGAACUUCACCCUGACACGCCAGAUCGCCAUCAAGCAGGGCAUCCUCAGGGGCGUUGUGCGCCACAUGCACCCUCAAUCUGGUUUAAGGGAUGUGGAUCAAUUUCUGGGAAUACCGUAUGCUGAACCUCCUAUCAACAGCAAACGUUUUAUGCCACCAGGAGCUCCAUUGCCUUGGUCAGAUGUACGGAUAUUUGCUGAAUUGCCACCAGUAUGUCCACAAAACCUUCCUAAUCUUCAGGCAGCCAAUGGAACUCUGUCCAAGGGACGGUAUAAUCAACUUAAAAGGCUUUUGCCAUAUUUAAAAUCGGAGAGAGAAGACUGCCUCUUUUUGAACAUAUACAUACCUACCUGGGAGGGAUCAAUUUUUCAAGCAAAAUUUCCUGUGCUCGUAUUUAUUCAUGGAGAAUCUUUCGAGUGGAAUAGUGGAAAUCCCUAUGACGGUUCUGUAUUGGCCAGCUAUGGAAGAGUGAUUGUAAUUACGGUGAACUACCGUCUGGGUAUUCUGGGAUUCAUGAGGCCAGGCGUGGAAGAUCAGACAGUGAGCAAUUUCGGUUUGCUGGAUCAAAUUGCUGCUCUCCAAUGGAUUAAAGAGAAUAUUGAGGCUUUCGGCGGUGACAGCUCUUCAGUCACUCUCAUGGGACAUAGUACUGGAGCUGCUUGUGUGAACUUCCUGAUGGUCUCUCAGGUGGCCAAAGGACUUUUCCACAGAGCCAUUCUCAUGUCAGGAUCAGCAUUGUCCGAUUGGGCAACUUCUAAGCAUCCCACUCAAUAUACAAUGAAAGUCGCACAGAGUGUUAAUUGUCCUAUCACAGAUGAAGAACUUGUUGCUUGUUUGAGGAGGAAAAGAUACACAGAAAUGUUGAGAGCAAAAGUUUCCUCACCAAAAUUUUCAACAGUGUUUGGUCCCUUAAUUGAUGGACUGGUAAUUCCCAACGAUCCAACCUCGAUCAUGAGUCAAUCCACUGAUACGUUCAGCAAGUAUGAUUUGCUCUUCGGCAUGACCGAAGUCGAGUCCUAUCACAUGCUCAAUGCCAUGGAAUUGAUGUAUGGUCUUCUGGAGACUGAGAGAGAUACUCUUCUGCGCUUCUACCUGCAGAAUCGCUUUGAGAUACGUCCGGAUUUGGCAUUAGCAGCUACUCUGAAGGAGUAUUCAAAUAUUUAUUCCACCGAGAAGACUCAAAAUGCUAAUUACCAUCGAGAUAAAAUUCUGGAAAUAUUCUCUGAUGCCAGAGUCGCUGGUCCACUGGUUCAGACUGGGUUAUUCCAUGCUAAAAGUAAUCCACGAAGUUUCAUGUACGUCUUUGCUCACAACACCGAAGCUGGAGAGUAUGCUUAUCUUUCACAAAGUAUUAUUGGAGAAGAGUUAGCUUAUGUGUUUGGAGCUCCUUUAAAUCCAUCAGGAGUUUUUCAACCAUUCUAUAAUUCUCAAGAAAGACUCUUGUCCGAAGCAGUUAUGAAAUAUUGGACAAAUUUUGUAAAAACCGGGAAUCCAAAGGCUCCAUGGAGGGAUAGGUUCCUCAAUGCAAAUCCCAUUGAAUGGGCUCGCUUUGACAUCGAUUGGCCGGAAUAUAAUCAAAUCAAUCAGAGCUACUUGCAUCUCAACUCCCAUCCAGUUGUGGGUCAUCAGUAUCGCCACAUCUUCAUGAGAUUCUGGAAUCAAAAUCUUCCAAGUGAACUGCAUAAGUUGACUAUUGCUAAAAGUAACGUUCACAUGAUGCCAUUGAAUAUUCCAAGUCCUGAGGCUCCACGGAGAGAAAUCUACGGGAACUUCUCAACGCAUCCUAGGUACUUUGGCGGAGGGGAAGUAAAGACAUACCCAGACGAGAGGAUGUUCUCCAAGACUGACGAUCCGAUAUCCAUCCUCAGACUACUCAGCAAAAGCACUAGACCAAGUCCUGAAAUCAGUGUGGCAACAGAGGAGAGAAUGUCUACAGAAUUGGCUAAUGUGACGCCCUUUGACCCGGAUUCUUAUACCCCAAACUCGGCGAAUCUCACUCUAAACCUCCUCAUUAUCAUUGUGGUGAUUCUAUCAAUACUUAUCGUGAUUUUUGGGUAUAUUCUAAAGAGAUCAUAUAAAAGAACUUCGCCCACUGAGAAAAUUCUCAAGAAUAUGAAGCGAUCAACACCGCCGAAGAUGUUCUAUCGAAGUGACAACGACUUGAGUGAAAUUUCAAAUAACUCGUAUGACAUGGUGAGGAUUGAGCGAGGCUCCAAAGUUGAUUCCAUUCACUCAGACGGUAUUAACUAUCCAACUACCGUAAUUAAGGCACCUUGGAGAACGUUGCCAAAGAGAUGCAGCUUUGAAGAUCCGGAAAAUCAUUCUGAUUGCUUUACAAAGCCGGGCCAAGUCAGUGUGGCCAUAGAUGCCACUCCACAGGCCAGAAGUGGAAGUGUUCUGAAACAGGAACCCAUUGAAGUAACAAAAUCGCGUAUUUUAUUAACGCCAGAGACAAAAAUCAUUUGUCAGGAGCUGGAAAACCCCACUCUAUCAGCUUAUUACGGAGAUGAUCUUUGCGAGGAAGAGGAUUAUUUGAGACAACCUCCUGAAAAUCACAUUACCACAUUGGGAAACGGGCACGUGCGAAAUUUCUCGGAUAGUCAGAAAUGCACAGAACUCGUGUCAACUUCUGCAAGAGGAACCAACUCGCUGGAUUCCACGAAAAUGCGUCGGAGAUCCCUACCAGCCCAAAAUCAACUGGAUUUUGCCAUGGGGUGGGUUAAAGUUCCUCCAGUGCCCCCUCCUCGAACUGUCUCCACACUCAGUCGACGCCACAAUCUUCCAGUGCCUGAGGAGAAUCUUCCACACCCACCACGUCAUAUGCUGGCCACUCUGCCGCCGAGUGACCAAGAAGAAGUUAUCACGUCUAACACCCUUAUCGUGGGCCCUCUGAUUCCAUCAAAGGGUGCCAAAGGAAAGUCCUCAGACGCCACUGAUGAUGGUGAGGCAGCUGAGCUCUGCGGGACUUCAUCCACCACCAAGUACAAUGCUCUGAGCAGGAGUAGAAAAAAGUCUACAACGAGAAAUGAGCCCAACAUUAUCAUUAAGCCCAGCAUCUCGAGGUCCACAUCAGAGAAGACCAACAAGUUCAGUGUCCGUCGCACACCAGCGUCCGCGACCAUUAUUAGUCCAGCUGCUUCCGGUGAGAUGCCUAAUUAACCUGCACGCUCCUGCAGCAUUCUGUUCACUAUCUAUUCCCGAGAAAUCACUUGAGUUAAGUAAUUAUGCAACCCGAAACACACAGUAUACAAGUAUAACUUUUUAAUCGUAAGAGUAUGUUUUUCUCCUUUUUUAUCACAGCAAUAUUGUACGAGACUUUUAUUGAAAUAGAAAAAAAAUGUCAUCAUGAAAUUGGAGUCUUCCUCUGUGAUUUUGUAUUGGACAAAAGAAACACAAAGUAUUGUUCUCUUUUCAUUCAAUAUGAUUUUAUUGAAUUGCCCAAUAGAGAAGAAAAUGUUUGAAAAAUCUAUUCCACGCACUUCACA